AUGGGCCAGUCCAGGACAACCGCUGUGAGCUCAGAUCCUGAGAAGCAUGAGGGGUCUGGCAGCGAUGAUGGCUCGAAAGAUGCUACCAUGGUGCAGCGUGGCUCGGUCCACGAGGUCAUGAUGGAAGCACAACUUAACGAUGUGAGAUAUCAGAAAACUCAGCGUGGUCUGAAGAGCAGACAUGCGCAGAUGAUAGCAUUGGGCGGAACGAUCGGGACGGGUCUCUUCGUCGGCAGUGGAAGUGUACUGGCAAAGGGAGGCCCUGCUUUUAUCCUUGCGGGCUACUGCAUUAUGACAGUCCUCGUCUUCUGCGUCGUUACCGCAAUCGUCGAGGUCGCCAGCUAUAUGCCAGUACAUGGAGCUUCGAUGGCGUAUUACGCGAACAGAUACGUGUCCAGGUCACUCGGCUUCUCACUAGGAUACCUCUACUGGUACGCUUUGGGCAUCCUCGUUCCAUACGAAAUCACUGCUGCUGGACUCGUCAUCGACUAUUGGCCGAACCCGGUGCAUAUUGCAGUUUGGAUGACCAUCAUGCUUAUCGUCAUUGUUGCUCUGAACUUCCUGCCGGUGCGCUACUAUGGAGAGACCGAGUUCUGGUUUGCUGGCACUAAGGUCAUCAUGAUGCUUGGCUUGAUCAUGCUCAGUUUCAUUCUCUUCUGGGGUGGCGGUCCAUCGCGUGAUCGACUGGGCUUCCGAUACUGGAAGAAUCCUGGCGCAGCAAAUCCCUUCAUCCUCGAGGGUAGUAUUGGUCUCUUCAUAUCUUUCUGGUCCACUCUGGUCUCCUGCGUGUUUCCAUUUACGUUCGCACCAGAGCUUAUCAUUGUCACUGGUGGUGAGAUGGAGUCACCUCGGCGCAACCUCCCAAAAGCUGCACGCAGGUACUUUUACAGACUUGUGUUCUUCUAUGUCUUCUCCGUCCUCUCAAUCGGCGUCACUUGCCCUUCGAACGACCCACGUCUCACCGAUGGUCAUGCAGGUGCGGGCUCUAGUGCCUUUGUUGUCGCUAUCUCGAACGCGGGCAUCGAUACCCUUCCCGGUAUCAUCAAUGCCGUCAUCCUGAUAUCUGCAUGGUCAUCCGGCAACUCCUUUCUCUACAUGAGCAGUCGAUCCCUGUACAGUCUUGCGGUCAGCGGCAACGCACCACACAUCUUCAAGAAAUGCACCAAGUCCGGUGUUCCAAUCUACGCCGUCGGCGUCUCGUCCCUCUUCACGAUCCUGUCCUACCUCAACGUGAGCAGCGCUGGUGGUGUGGUGUUCAACUGGUUCGUCAACUUGACCAACACGUGGGGCAUGAUAAGUUGGGUGUGUUGCAUGGUAGUCUACUUCCGCUUUAAGAGGGCCUGUGCAUACCACGGAGUCUCUAGCCCCUGGUCGAACUUCAUCCAGCCAUACGGGGCGUGGCUGGCGUUCGUGUCGUUCACGUUUCUGUGCCUCAUCAACGGGUUUACAGUGUUCUUUCCAGAGAACUGGUCCGCCGCAAACUUCUUGACUGCUUACAUUGGUAUCCCGAUCUUCCUAGCGAUGUAUGCAGGUCACAGAUUGUGGGCCCGGAAUGAUAAGUGGGCAUGGGAUCCAGCUGAGAUUGAUAUGAUCACUGGACUGCAGGAGGUUGACGACGCAGAGCUUCCAGAGGUUCCACGAAAGGGCUUGGCAAAGUUGUGGAGGGUCAUUGAGUAG